AGCUUCCAACUUAAAAAGAUAUAACUUUCAUAUACUAUCAUUUUUGUCACACCUUGUAUAUAAUUAUGUGAUAUUAAAUCCACAUAUUAAACACUACAACUCUAGUAUUAAACUUUUUUUUUUAUAAUGGAUCACCACAUGCAAUUAUUAGGUGCAUACCUGCAAGCGUACUGGCUCAAAACAUAAGAGACAACAUAUAAACUGAAAUAAAGCCACAAAACAGCUAAAUCAUUUUACACCUAUACCAAUCAUCACACAACAAAUGUAAACAGUCUGAAUUUCAAUUAAACUUUUCAGAAACUGUUAUUACAAAUAUUCUGAAAUAUAUAUUUACUCUCUUCAUUAAAAAAACACGAAGGAAAUCAAAAAACUUCCGAUUUUCAUCAGCUGAUUUGCGUUAUCUCUCUUUUGUCGCCACGAUAUCUCACUCUACACUCCACCAAAUCCAUCGUUCUCUUGUUACACCCAUGGGAUUCCAGCAAAUAAGCACACAAAAAUUAACUUUUCUUGUCAGUUUGUCAAGUCUGUGUUCUAUUCCUUUGUGGUCUGUGCCACGACCAAUGCAAAGCUAAAUUAUUCUUUAUUUAUGUUUCAAAAAUUCUUAUUUCAGUUUUAGGUAAUGUGAUAUUUAAUUAAUACUUUGCUUUAUUUUAUUCACCAUGAGUGAAUAUAAUCCAUAUCUAUUCUAAAUCAUUCUGUCAUAACUGUUUGAACUUCCCUCUACUGAGGGCGAAUGCGAUUGGCAGAAACACGGGCUGGUCAAAUUGCAUAUGUCAUGGCGUUGAGAAGUUUUGUUGCGAAUGUCUAAAAUGUUUCGGAGUAUUUAUUCCAAUGGGGAUUUUCAUUUGUAGCGCAAAAAUUAGCUUAGUAGUAAUAAAAAUAUAGUGCAGUCUUCGAAACCAAGUGGUUGUGAUGUUGUAAACGCGUCUAAUACUAAUCAAACACUGGAAAAUGUCAAGCUAUUCUGAAAUGAGUUCCAGUCAGGAAAGACGAAGCGAGCAGUCGAUAGCGAGCGCGAGGGCGUCGGUAAUGAUCUACGACGAUGUCAAUAAAAAGUGGGUUCCUUCGGGCAGUUCUUCCGGUCUCUCGAAGGUGCACAUCUACCAGCACAACGUCCACCAAACGUUUCGGGUGGUCGGUAGGAAGCUCCAGGACCACGAAGUUGUCAUCAAUUGCGCAAUACUAAAGGGACUCAAGUACAACCAGGCCACCUCCACGUUUCAUCAGUGGCGGGACAACAAGCAGGUGUACGGGUUGAAUUUCAGCUCAAAAGAGGAUGCGGACUGUUUCGCUCGUGCCAUGUUUCACUCGUUAGAGGUGCUCAGCAACAUAGUCAGACAACCGGCACCCGCCAAUCAGCCGCAAUACGCCCCGCCCGUUUUGCAACAGAUACCGCAACAGCCGCCGCCGGUGCCGGCGCAUCAGAACCAGCCGCCUCAGCCACCGCAAAUGCCCCAUCAGCAGCAGCAACAUCAGUCUCAGUCGCAUCACCAGGCGAUGCAGCACCAAUCGCCGCAACCGCCCCAAUUGCCGCAACCCGCGGCGCAUCAACACUAUGACGAGGACAUGGGCUACCGUACUAUGACGAGGGAGGACGUCGCCAUGAUACAGGAGCGCAGAAUAUCCACCGCGUUGAUGUCACCUCAGCCGACAUCGCCGAUGACCCCACAAAACAACGUGCCUACGCCGCCGGCCAUGCCGUUGGGGGCCCCUAGCCCUGUGUCGCCGCCGCAAAUGUCGAGCGGACACUCGCGAACGGUUAGUGCCCCGCCCGCGCCACCGCCGCCUCCUGGGCCACCGUCGACCGGCCUAACGACAUCGGUGGCUGCGCCUCCGCCCCCUCCGCCGCCGCCCAUGAAUAUGUCGCGGAGUCAAAGCAGCGACGGUGGCGAGGUCAACUCGUUGGCGGCCCAACUGCAGAACGCCAGGCUCAAACGUAACAACAAAAACGGUAUUCAGGCGACAGAAAACAGCGGUUCAUCAACUAGCAGCGGGGGCAGCAAUUACGGCACAUUGGGUCGAGGCGGGGGCGGGAGCAUGGCAUCGAUGAUGGACGAGAUGGCGAAAACGUUGGCGAGGAGACGAGCCGCCGUCGAGAAAAAGGUGCCCGACAAGGAGGAGGAAGAAAAGAAGGUCGCGAUGUGGGAGAAAACGAACACGUUGCCUAGUAACACGUCCAAGUUCAGUUCCGAAUCGCCCAAGAGUGUGAGGAAGCGGUUCGGCUCCGCCUCGGAAGAGACCAUCCUCAAGGUGAACGGCCUGUCGGAGGUAGCGCUGUCGAUAGGCCCGUCGGAGAUCGAGAGUUUAAAAAACGAAUUAGUCAAAGAGGUGAAAAAGGAGAUCACCAAAAUGAAACAGGACAUUUUAGAUGCAAUCAAAACCGAACUGAACAGGAGGUAAUUUGACCAUCCUCCCGAUUUGAUAGCAUUUUUUUGUAUAGUUUUUACACUACGACGUAUGUAAGUUAUUUAAGUGGAACCUCGAUGACAUAAGCUAGAGAACAAUUACAACCAAUUUGUAAGUUAUUCUAAUUGUAUUUUAACGAUAUAAGGAGGGCCGUGCGCGGAUUGAAUUUUAUCCAUUCGAAAUGUAUGGAACACUUAAAGUUAACGGUCAAACUUUAGGAGCUCGGCAGAUUUUGUUUGCCAUUUAAUUAGAAGCGCUCAUUUUCGGCCUUAAAAUAAUCAAAUUUUUGCAGCCUGUUUAAUUAUCUGAAUUAAGUAUUCGUCAAUGCUUAUAAUCAAGAAUUAAGUUGAAAGAAUGGGCGGGAGGGGGGUUGAAGCAUACUGGAUCUUGGUCGCGAUAAGGGCCCACAUUUUUCUGUUCGCAUUUACUAAGUUCUCAACAUGUAAUCAAAAUUAUUAAAGAAACAUUUCUUGCAGGAUGCAUUUUCCAGAAUAUUAAUUCGCUCAUAUCGCGACCCGUCCCGUAUAAAAAAAAACAACAAAAAGCUAUUGUAUAAUUAGUAUUUAUUAAGUUAAUUUAAUCCUGUCGAUUAGGGUAAGUGACUUUUAUAAUUUUUAAACCUCGCAUCGAAAAGAACCCAAAGGAUUUUUGUAACGAACGCCCCCUCUCCCCUAAAGUUAUUAACAAAGACUGAUGGUGCGGUAUUUUUCUUUUACUGAUUUAUUCGAAAAAGUGCGGACAAUAUAAUUUUCUUUGUUUUUUUUCUUUUUUGGAAGAACAAUGGCUGCGCAAUUUCAUCUGUAAAUACCUAUUCAUAUUUUUUUUUCAUUCGUUUCAGCAAUAGCUAGUGCCAAUAGAUUUCAAC